AUAGUAACAACAUCAUUUGUAUGCAAUGUUGAAACAAGUGUUAAGUCGGCGUAUUAAGUAUAAAAGCAGCAAUAAGUCUUUGAUAAAGUGUAAAUGUUAUUUUACAUUAACAUGUUGAAGUUACUUUACAUACCUCUUACAGCUGCUUUGUUUUUUCUGGCGGCAUCUGAUGAAACAUGUAACGAUAAUGAAAGAUGGGUACAAUGUCCCCAAACAUUGUGCAUACCACUGACAUGUUCUCAAGUGGAAUCCUCCGUACCGUGCCCUAUUCUUGGUCCAAGGGGUGAAUGCCCAGGAAAACCAGCAUGUAUAUGUAAUGAUGGCUUAGUGAAGAAUGACGAGGGAGAUUGUAUUCCAAAGAAGCAAUGUACUCCGCGGUGUAGUGAUCACGAAAUUUAUGAGAAGUGCCCAAAUCCGUGCAUACCGCAAAAGUGUUCCCAAGUUGGUUUUCCAAUAUUUUGUCCUGCUCAAAGUACCGGCAAUCCACCUUCGUGUAUAACUAAACCAGCUUGUAUUUGUGAAAGUGGAUACUACAGAAAUUGUGACGGCGUUUGCGUACCUUCACAAGAAUGCCCUUCAUGCGGUGGCGAUCCCAAUGCAAGACCUGGGUGUGGCAAUUGCAGAAAAACUUGUGCCAAUUAUAAUAGCACAGAUCCUAUUAUGUGCAUUCAGAUAUGCUACGAAAAUGCUUGUGACUGCUUACCUGGUUACGUGGUUGACGGCAAUACUGGAAAAUGUGUACUUCCAGAAGAUUGCACACCCAUCUGUCCAAAAGACGAAAUUUACACAAGUUGUGUAAUUGGUGGUUGCAAUAAGAGAAAUUGUUCACAACUAUCACAGCCAAAAAUCUGCAUAAAUCCGAUUAAUCCAUGCUUAGGGGGGUGCGUAUGUCGUGAUGGAUAUUUGAGAGCUCAAAAUGGUACUUGCGUGCCAAUAGACCAAUGUGAUUCUGGUGAAUUGACAGCAACUGCAGCUCCAAGUACAAGUUCUUGUGAUAAUGUAAAUGAUCAACUGAAUGAUUUUGAGGAUGGAAAUAUUAGAUUCACAGGAAAAUUCUUUUAUGAAGUAGUUAAGAGUAAACCAGGAGUCAGUGUCAUAAUGUCAGCAUUUUCCGUUUUGACUCCUUUAGCUGAAUUGGCUUUAUAUUCUUCUGGACCAUCUCUCGAGGAGUUACUACAAGUAUUCGAUCUUCAAAACAAGGACGAGAUACGAUGUGUUUUUACACAAAUCAAGAAUAUAUUGGAAGCUGAACAAAAUAAUACGUUAGAUUUGGGUGCUAAAGUAUUUGUUAAUCAAGAUUUUCUACUAACUGAUGAGUUCAAAAACGAUACUAGAGAUGUGUUUGAUGCUGAAGCAGAAAAUAUAGAUGUAGGGGAUCCCGAUAAAGCAGCUGCAAUAAUUAAUGAUUGGGCUGCUGAACAAACAAGAAAUCGUAUUACAGGCGUCAUAUCACCAGAAUCGAUUACUUCUUAUACACGUUUAAUAUUAGCCAAUGCUAUUUACUUCAAGGGUACAUGGAAGACAAAAUUUGAUCCCAAGGACACGGAAAAUAAAGAUUUUUCUGUUACCAAAGAUGAUACAAUUCAAGUUAAAACAAUGAAGGUAAAGGACAAGUUUAAAUACGCAGAAAGUACGGAUUUGGACGCUAAGAUUAUAGAAUUGCCAUAUACAGGCGAUGCCAUAAGAUUUAUAGGUAUUCUUCCUAAUGAUAUUGAGGGUUUAACAAAUUUAUUAGAAAAACUUCAAGAUCCUGAUGCAUUUAACAAAGCACUCAAUAGUUUGACAUUGGAAACAGUUACAGUUUUAUUACCUACUAUGGAUAUCUCUACAACAAUAGAUUUAACGGAUAUUCUACCGAAGACUGAUGUAACUAAAAUUUUUAAUGCCGAUACAUCAAAUUUAAGUGGAAUUAUAGAAUCCAAUGAACCUUUAUAUGUAUCUGAUGGUACCCAAAAAGCUAAUAUUAUAGUAAAUGAGGAGGGUUCAGAAGCAUCAGCUGUAAACGUUGUCGGCGUAUCUACAACUUCGGUUGUUUUAAAUCCACCAGUAGAAUUGUUCUUCAAUGUUGAUCAUCCUGUAGCUUAUUAUAUCUUGUAUAAUAAUAUUCCUUUAUUCUGUGGGACAUUUGUAAAGCCUUAAUAUAAUGUUAUAUGACCAGGCGUAAUAUUAUAUAUAUAAACAGUUGCAGUCAACACUAAGACUCAAUUAAUGCAAUUAAUGCAUUCAAAAACUCCUAAUUGCAUAGAUCUAGCUUCUAAUUAGUAGCUUAAUAUAAUAAUUAUAGAAUUGCAUGAUGUGCUGAAUAUGUGCAAACAUAUAUAUAUUUAUCUAACGAUGUACAGGGACUUUGGACAAACAUUGAAUUUUAGUAUUGACUGUACUUUAUUCCAAUGGCUAAUAGAAAAUGUAAAAUAAUAACAAUGUAUAUUUAAUAUUUAACUUAUAAGUAUUUGUAUUUUUAAAAACAUGUAUUAUCACUAAAAAUAUUUCGGUACAUAUUUUCGAAAUAAAAA